AUGCCGUUUACGAUGAAGAUCCAGCCGAUUGAUAUCGACUCACCUGCCGUAGCUAGACCGGAGCCAGGCAAACCGGUGCUCAAAUCUCGUCUCAAACGGUUGUUUGAUCGGCCGUUCACGAACGUAUUGAGGAGCGCAACCUCCGAGAAGCCGUUCGCCGCCGUCUUCCCCGGCGGGGAAGUUCAAUGCAACAGAGACGGAGCCGCCGUGACGGAGUUCGAGCCGAGUUCCGUUUGUUUAGCGAAGAUGGUUCAGAACUUCAUUGAGGAGAACAACGAGAAGCAAGCGAAAUGUGGACGCAACCGAUGCAAUUGCUUCAACGGAAACAACGACAGCUCCUCCGACGAUGAAUUAGAUCUGUUCGGAAACUCAACCGAUUCCUUCCUCGGCGGAUCUCCCUGCGACGCCUCUGAUCAUCUCAAGAGUUUGAUCCCGUGCGCGAGCGUCGCCGAGAGGAACUUAUUAGCCGACGCGGCGAGGAUUGUGGAUAAGAACAAAUCCGUCAAACGGAAAGACGAUAUGAGGAAGAUCGUCAACGAAGGACUCUUAUCUCUUAAUUACGAUUCAUCAAUCUGCAAAUCGAAAUGGGAGAAAUCUCCAUCAUUCCCAGCUGGUGAAUAUGAGUACAUAGAUGUGAUUAUCGGAGAAGAACGAUUGAUACUCGAUGUAGAUUUCCGAUCGGAGUUCGAUAUAGCGAGACAGACGAGCGGAUACAAGGCGUUGCUUCAAUCUCUACCGUUCAUCUUCGUCGGAAAAUCCGAUCGGUUGAGCCAGAUCAUCUCGUUGAUCUCGGAGGCGGCGAAACAGAGCUUGAAGAAGAAAGGAAUGCAUUUGCCUCCGUGGAGGAAAGCCGAGUACAUGCGAUCUAAAUGGCUCUCCUCUUACACCCGAGCCUCCGUCGUUGCAUCUGGAAACGCCGAGGAGCCGCCAGCUGCGGCGGCCGCGGCGGAGCCGGAGCUAGAUUGUGCAGAGCUUGAGCUGGUUUUUGAGGAGAAAUCUUUAUCUCCGGCUUUGGUUAAUUCUUCCUCCUCUCCUUUUCCGUCUGUUGUCGACGGUGAUGAUGACGUGGCGGUGGAGAGAGAAGUGAAGGCGGUAACCGGAUUAGCUUCACUCUUCAAGGAGAAGCCGUAA